AUGGCAAUGGCCGACGACGGAGGGCGCUGGUGCCCGUCACAGAGCCCGCCUGCCUCCCCGGCUAACUACAAGCGCCGCCGCUUCCCCGACGACGUCCGGUCUGACGCCUCCCCAGAGCGCCACAAGCGCCACCACCGUUACGCCGACUCGGCGGUAGAAGAAGGGGAGGUACUCGGCGCCGGCGGUGCUGCUACUGCUAUGGAUGUCGAUGCUGAUUCUGCGAACAGAUACAGCAGGGGAAGGUAUACAGAAAGAAGAAGCUACUACAGUAGAUCGCACUCAAGCGGAAGUUUGCGCGGCCGUGGCGAAAGCCCGGAGAGGGAAAGGCAGAGUGGCAGUUCCAGGCGUGGUGAUCAUGCGAGGAGGAGAAACUCUGAUACUGAGUAUCGGCAUGGCAGGAUAGACAGUUCGCACGAAGUACGCGGCAGAGUUAGCAACAGCGCUAGCCACAGGGAUUCUGCAACAAGCUCAAAAUGCAGAAGUUCUGAUGUCUACAAGGUGAAGCCAAGGUCCGAGGAAAAAGAUGGACAUGAUAUUAGCCAUAAAAGGCAGAGGUCCGAAGAGGUGAAGGACAAGUCUGCUUCCAAGGUGGAAGAACAAGGGGAGUGCCAGGAGAAAAUUGUCGAACCGAAGAUAGCAGUUCAGGAACACGCUGAUGAAAAGUUUGAGAUGGAAAGCCGGAGGACAGAAGCUGCCUUGCCCAAGUCUAGCGAUCAGAAACAAAUGCAGAAGAUGCAGCAGGUGGAAUGCGUACCAUGUUGCAAUGUUGAUGGGCACAAAACAGGACAUCUGAAAGACAAGAAUGAGGAGAACAGUUCUAUCACCAAAGUGGGAAAGCCUCCUGCUCGCAUUGAUAUUUCAAUUAGCACGGGAGCACUUGCAAACAAGACUGAGAGACCAGCAGUUAUGAUUUCAAGUGCCAUUGCUACUGGACGACCACGGUCUGGAAUUCAAAAAUCUGGAAAGGAGGAUUUGCACACAGAGAGAAAUGUUCACCCUGACAACUGGGAUGAUGCAGAGGGGUACUACGCUUACCGGUUGGGGGAGGUUCUGGGUGGCCGGUAUGAGAUCACAGCGGCACAUGGGAAGGGUGUGUUCUCAAGAGUCGUCCGGGCAACAGAUCACAAAGCUGGGAAAGGUGAUCCUGAGAAAGUUGCAAUUAAAAUUAUUCGCAACAAUGAUACGAUGUACAGGUCUGGUAAGCAAGAGGUUGCGAUCUUGGAAACGCUAACAAGCGCAGACCGUGAGGACAAGCGCCACUGCGUGCGGUUCAUCUCUAGCUUCAGGUACCGGAACCAUCUCUGCCUAGUUCUUGAAUCUCUCCACAUGAAUCUUCGUGAGGUGCUGAAGAAAUUUGGUCGUAACAUCGGGCUUAAACUGACCGUGGUGAGGAUAUACGCAAAGCAGAUUUUCAUCGCCCUGAAGCACUUGAAGGAUUGCAAAGUUUUGCACUGUGAUAUAAAACCUGACAAUAUCUUGGUGAACCAGGCUAAGAAUGUGCUCAAGCUGUGUGAUUUCGGCAACGCUAUGCUUGCGGGAAAGAACGAGGUUACACCUUAUCUUGUCAGUCGUUUCUAUCGGGCACCAGAGAUUAUUCUUGGCUUGCCCUAUGACCACCCAUUGGACAUGUGGUCGGUUGGUUGCUGUCUAUAUGAGCUUUGCACAGGGAAAGUCUUAUUCCCUGGAGAAUCAAACAAUGAUAUGCUUCGGCUUCAUAUGGAGUUGAAGGGGCCCUUCCCUAAGAAGAUGCUUCGUAAGGGUGCCUUUACGAUGCAACACUUCAACCGAGAUCUGAAUUUUCAAGUCACCGACAAGGAUCCUGUGACCAACAAGCAGGUUGUGAGAAGGUUAAUAUUUAACUUUAAACCAAAAGGCAUUGGUUCUUGUAUUUCAGGCAUUCCUGGAGAGGAUAAAAAAACGGUAUCCAGUUUCAGAGACCUCCUUGAUAAAAUAUUUUCCUUGGAACCAGCAAAGAGGUUAACUGUAGAAGAAGCACUUCUCCAUCCUUUUAUCACUGGCAAGUGA